AUGGCCAAAAGCAUCCCCAUCCGCCUCUCACGCGGCAAGCCAAAGGUGACUGAGGAAGACCAAGACUCCGAAACCGCCACACAACAAAAUCCAAAGACUUUUUUCUUGCCGACUAUGAAUGAAGAGACUUUUAUUGACCACGGCUGCACCUUGGAUGCACAGGGGUACCCAAUCUGCCCCAACGGAAAAACAGUCUUUGUGAAAUUGCCUGGCCAAACGAUCACCAACUUUGGCAAUGUUGGUUUUUCAAAGCGAACCGGUAGUGAGUACCGCUCAAAAGGCACCUGGAAGCUCAAGCGGAUCUAUUGUCUGGGUGUCCUUGCCUGCGACUUACCAGACUGUCAAUGGGCAGGGGCCCCUCCAACUGGCCGGGUUGAUAUGCGCGAGUGGUUAGAAGUGAACUCCCAUUGUCGUGGUGCACGCGGGACAUGUCCAGGAAACGUGGCACACAUUGAAUGCAAGCAGACCCUGAUCCGAGUCGACGAGCAUGUGCCUACAACAUGGGCAAUCCUACGUCAUCGUGGUGAACAUAAUCAUCCCUGGCCCGAGGCUAAGAAGCCAGAUUUGCUCUCGAGAGAGACUCUGAAGGCUGAGAUUGCAAAAAAUCCUAAAGCAGGUGCCUUUUCGCUCAGGAUCAGGAAGCCAAAUGCUUCGCAAGACACUUACAACAGUGUCUUGGACAUCCACCCUUCCCUUGGGAAUGCAGACCGAUUGCGGUAUUAUCGCAAACUGAUGCUCAAAGAACUGAACAUCACACCAGACCAUCUUGGAGGCAGUGUCGGUGAUCAGUUUAUCACGGACAUGUUCAAAUGGGUCAAGCGUGGCUUGCUGAUCAUCUCGUCGUCAUACUUGGAAGGCGAGGAGCAUUUCACAUUCCAAUCGGAAUGGAUGCGCAAACGUAUAUUGGCCCGGGACAUCGAUCACAAAGUUUAUGGAACUGGCCUAGUAUCUGAUGUGACGUACCGAUUUUUUCGGAAUGGCUACUUGCUUUCAACCUCAAUGUAUUGUGAGGAGCUGGCCAGAUGGAUUCCCAUCCAACUCACCUGGAUACGAGGACUGGCCGAGAGGUAUUACCAGAUCCACUUUGCGGUCUUGUUCCGUCAGUUUGUCAUUCCGGAUUUCACGGAAGCCGAACGGGAUGUCUUGGUCUGCAAUAUCGUAGACUUCUCAGCGGCUCAACGGGAGGGCUUUGUCGCUGCUUAUUGGGAAGUUUUUGGUAUGUGUGACAAGAAGGUUGUCCUUGACAAACUGCAAGGGUGUCAUGAACACUACCGUGCUCAAGUGACUCGGGUGAAAAGGAACCGCCAUGUUGUGAUGGCUGAUGAUGAGGCAAGUAGCGUGUUCCAGACCAUGUGCAUGGAUCUCAUCAAACAGCCGGCCGAAGGUGACACCAGCCACGAGGAGAAGAUUGAUGCCAUCCGACGUCGUUUCCCCAAGGCCAAACGUUGGCUAGAUUGGUGGACCAUGGCCGAUGUUGAGGCCAUGCUAUUCCCAUCUCGCCGUCCCAAGCUGGAAGAUGCACCCGAGGAUCAACAUCGACCGACAAAGACCACAAAUGCUCAGGAGAGUCUCCAUCGAUUAUACUACAUGCUCUCUGAAGGAAAAACAUGCCUCAUGUUAGGAAUGAUACAACUGUACUCCUUCAUCAAAGUCCUUGAGGAGGACUUUGAUGCCGUCAUGCGAGGAGUAUCAAUCGAAUAUGGAUCCAACCGAAAAGGUCAACCAGACAUAGCGCAGUCUUUGGGAUGGGAAAAGAAACGAAAACGAGCUCCAAAUCCAGCCAAACCAAUUGGAGAAGAAGUUCAAGUCCGACAUACCUAUGCCAACGAUGGAAGGGCGCCAGAUACGACUGAUUUGCUUGUCCCUGAGAUUGCUAAGAAGAAACUUGGACGGCCAUCGGGCUCAGCUAACGUUGAUCGUAACCCAUUCUCGACUUACCCAUCCUAUCGAGCCUCCAGCAAGGAGCAUUUAGCCAACCGCUGCUGGUUGGCUGCGGCUUUGGAGACCAUGUAUGCUCUGUACAGUCCCCUGUGGCAUCGUGGCUCAAGUGGAACUGGGACCUCUCUUUUCACUUCAGUGGUAAAGCACUUCUCGGCUCGAACCACCUUUGAAUUGACCCAGCUUGGAAGCAUCCGCGGCGUCCUCACCCAGGCACAAACAUCGCUGUUAACUCAAGCCCAAAACCGCUCACCAAAGAGCUUCAUCGCGGGUCAUUUUGCCUCUGCUGACCUGUUUAUCGAGCUCGUUCUGGAUCCCAAAGGAAACCCCAACCGAGGCCUAAAAGGCUUAUUCGAAAUCGAAGAGAAAAGGAUCCUGACUUGUGAGGUACAUCCAGCGGCUACUCAACAUCUCAAACGAGGGGUGUCCGUCAUCAGCAUCCGUCGUGAGGCUUUCAAUUGCAACUCAAUUGACCAUGCAAACGUUGCGGACCUCUUGAGCCAAUGGAAUUCAGUGGGCCUGCAUGGUGGGUGUGGACUACAGUGCAAACACUGUGUUGCUGCUCAGGAGACCGUACCCGGCCCGCCCAAGCGCUUGACGUCCGAGAUCACCAUGAUGGAGACACACGGAGAUCGAUAUCAAGAUUAUUCUUACAACCAGCACUCCACCCUUGGCUUUGUCAACGGUGAAGCACCCGCCCAUCUCUAUUUUUUUGUCGAUGUUGGAGGCAUUAUGGACCCUGUGGAUCAGCAACUGUUCAUGGGCGCAUUGGACUGGCCCUCAACAAUGUUCCUUUCCGGGGUGAGAUACGACCUUUUUGCUCGUGGAUAUUGGAACGGAAAUCACUAUUGGUGUAAGGUCGUCAAGGGGGUCGGCGGUAUGGUUGGUGUGUGGCUUCACAACGAUCGGGCAAAUGAUGGGUACGCUCGACUGGUCAGUCCAGACCCAAGUCAGCUUGGUGGACCUUCUCCAAACACAAGCUGGCUGAUGUACUCUCGUGGCUGGACCCCUAGCGAGAAGGACCAUGUGGAUAAAAUGAUGACUCAAAUCAAUAAAGAUUAUCCACAUGCAACCGGUCAUUCACCCUUUGCAAGUCUCUCUACAAUGCUGGAGUCUUUCAACAAGGACUCUGCAGUUUUGGAUACACAAAUGCCUGACCAUUCCGCCAACGAUUCAAUCGCAACAGAGCUAUCGAAGACGGCUCCGAUGAAAUUUCAAGAAACGAAUCAUCAAACGAAACCAAACCUGAAGUUGAAAAUCAGGAUGAACGGGCCAUCCUCGUGCGCCGCACCCCCCCAUAAAGUGGCUCAGGAUGAAAAGGGGCCAGUGGGACCUUCUGAACGGCCCGAGAUUGAUGCUGCUCGCCGGAGCAAGCGGGAAGUGUUUUGCAUGGGGCAAUUUUACAAAUUUGGGCCUCGUAAUGCCAAAGCCUUGUGA